AUGGCGACCAUAAUGACGGAAUUUGAUUUUACCAACCACUCCCACAGAAGACACAAUCCGCUUACUGAUACCUAUGUGUUGUGCUCUCCUCAUAGAGCAAAAAGACCUUGGCAAGGAGCCAAGGAAGAAGUUAGAAAGAUAGCUUUACCUGAAUUCGACCCCAAAUGUUACUUGUGUCCAAGCAAUAUUCGUGCUACCGGAGACACCAAUCCGAAAUACGAGUCUACUUUUGUUUUCCCAAAUGACUAUCCCGCUGUACGUUUGGAGCAGCCAGACUACGAAGCUGAAAAAUCGUCGGGAGAUGGUAAAGAUGAUCUCAAGCUGAGACUUAUGCACGUUCAGGGUGUCAAAGGUCAAUGUUUUGUCAUUUGCUUUAGCCCAAAUCAUAGUUUGACGUUACCACUCAUGACAAAUCAGCAAAUUGGCAAGGUAGUAGACACAUGGCAGAAGUUGUACCUUGACACACAGCUGGAUCUGGUCGAAGGAAAAGCCCCAUACAAGUAUCUCCAGAUUUUCGAAAACAAGGGUUUUGCUAUGGGAUGUUCAAACCCCCAUCCCCAUGGACAAGCAUGGUGUCUCGACGUUAUUCCCACUGAAGUAAGCCACGAGAUCACCAACAUGUCCAAGUAUCAUCACCAGCACAAGUCGCAUAUGCUUGGCGAUUACGUUGAGCUCGAAAUCGCAGAGAAAAAGAGAAUUGUUGCACAAAACGAUUCUUUUAUUGUCGUCGUGCCAUACUGGGCAUUGUGGCCUUUUGAAACGUUGUUGAUAGCCAAAGAACACUUGAAAUCUCUUGCUGAUUUUUCGGAUAAGCACAAGGCAGACCUCGCCAGCAUCCUCAAGACAUUGACUAUCAAGUACGACAAUUUGUUCAACACUUCCUUCCCUUACUCUAUGGGAUUACACCAAGCUCCGUUGGUGGGCUCGGAGGAAGAGAAGGAGUCCUCGUGGUUCCAUAUGCAUUUCUACCCUCCGUUGUUGCGUUCAGCUUCAGUGAAGAAAUUCUGUGUUGGUUUCGAAAUGCUCGGAGAAUCACAGAGAGACUUGACGAGUGAACAGGCGGCUGCGAGACUUCAGGACCUCGAUGGAGCAAAGCACUACACUGAAACUAUAUAA